AAAGGACCUAGCACGCGUGGCCGGUUUCUAGACUAGUUUCUACGUCUAGCGUUAAAUGAAUGUGCAACGAUAAGAUAGGAUGGAAAUCAGUCUACUUGAAGUUCGUGAGCGCUCUACCAAAACACGGAUUUAUGACAAGUAAACUGAUGAAGUUCGUCAUCAGAAAGACAUGCAGUGGUGGAAUGCGAUUGGGUCACAUAGAAAAUUUUGGUCGCCUUGGAAACAAAAGCACAAAAACACCUAUGUGUAUUUUAUACACUAGAGGAGGUAGUGUUCCACAUUUGACAAAUGACAUGUUGAAUAAAAUCCAAGACCUGCCAGUUAUGUCAUCUGUCUCUCUUAGCAUGAUGGCAGAGCACCAUGAAGCUGUUUCAGCAUUUGGAGAAGGAGUGGCACGGUUCUCCUCUAUGCAGGAAUUUUUAACCUACUGCUGUAUCCAUGACACCAGUGUUACCGUGCCUUCUGGUUAUAAUGAAACAUCUGGGACGUCAGUUUGGGGCAAAGGAGGAAAGAUCAAGCUGGAUGUGGAUUUGUUCAUGACUGUACAAGAGGCCUUGCAGCCCGACUGGUACCAGGCCCUGUCAGACAGCGACACUAACAAAGAAUCAUCACAGAAGAGACUCGGCAAGUCCGUCAACAGAACUCUCACAUUCCUCGAUCAAAUUCUAGAACAGCAUUCCAAGUCACAGAGACUGAAGGGUGUGGAGGUGUUUGGGGUGGUGGAGGGAGGCCACAGCUUGAAGGAGAGAGAACGAUCAGCAACAGAGACAUCAGCCAGACCUGUCGCAGGUUUUGUGUUGGAUGGUUUUCAGAGUCUGGGACCUGAUUCUGAAUCACUUUGUGUAGCAGAUUUUUCUGAGGUUUUAAAGCACACGUUGGCACUGCUGCCCGAGGACAAACCUCGCUUAAUGCAGUCCCUAUGGAGACCAGAUGCUGUGCUGGAUGCUGUAGAGAUGGGAAUCGAUAUUUUUGAUACAUCGUAUCCAUACAUGGCAGCCAACCGCGGGGAGGCUCUGGUGUUCAGCCACACAUACAGUUCACCUUCCGAUCUACCGAGCGGCAAUGGCCACACAGAUGCACAACCUCAGGCCAGUCAGGGAUGUCUUGUGAUUAACUUGACAGAUGAACAAUACUUUGAUGACUUCUGUCCACUGUUGGCUGGUUGUCCAUGCUACACGUGUGAGAACUUCACACGGUCCUACAUAAAUCACCUCCUCCGAACCAACGAGCUUCUGUCUGGUGUCCUACUCAGCAUGCACAAUCUUCACCAUUAUUUACAGUUUUUCAAAUCACUGAGACAGUCCAUAGCAGAGAACAAAUUUGAUUUACUCAAGCAGUUGAUAUAUAAACAAAAACCAGUGGACAACUCAUUGUGACAGUAUUAAAAUAAUCUCUUUAUA